CUGCCAAUACUACUACUGUUACUACUAUUGAUAUUUAAUAAUAAUAAUAAUAAUAAUAAUUUCCGCUCUGCACAUGUUGUCAAUUUUUCAACAACACGAUAAUAUUAUGAAACAUGCACACUAUUACAUUUAACGUACAUCAAGAACAAUGGGAUUACGUAACAGCAACGCUUUCAGUGUUUAUGUCAAUUCUCUAUAUUAACUGAUGUGCAACGAAAGCGCGCGCGCUAUACGUUAAGUAUGUGGGCAAUAAGACACAUGUCCUUCCCAGAGAAACAGUUGACAAUUAACAAUAAGGUUGUCUGCGUUAAUGUGGUGAACAUUGAAUAUAAUUUGGAUAAUUAAGAUAUUCGCUUAUGAUAGUGAAUUCUGCAACAACACGCUUCGUGUGGAUAUUGGAAUAUCUGAGUCGGGCUUCUCGUAUCAAAUGUGUCGUAACUGUCUCCGGUUUGAAAGAAAAGAGUUUUAUUGAUACCAAUAUUUUCAACUGUAAACGCCAUUAACUAUUUACAUCCAACGCCAAUAUGCAAGGAAAAGAUUUCUCUUCGAGGACUUGUAAAGGCAGACUGAAGUUCCGUACAAUGUUGAAAAGUUUCAUAACAGCUGUUAUCCUAGUUUUGGUGACAUUGUUUUACUCAUCCAUUCGUCUUUCGACCGUUAAAACCGUCUCUAAAAUAAAGUCAGUCGUUACUGAUGUACUUAACCGUGGGCUAGAUGUGAACCAUUGGCUCGAUGAGUACGUUACAAACUCGACGGUUUUUCAAACAAGUGGAUCAUUUGAACCAUCCCCUAUCUCGUACAGUGCCACUGGUUUCGAUGAGAAACAGAAUGCCCGUGAUAAACUCGAAGUGUCUGUACCCCAAACCUCAAUGGCCCCCGGCAAGUUAGAGCCUAUACAAUUAAACGUUACCGCGCACAUAAAACUUUUCACCGUUGAUUUAAAUUCAAAACGAGCCAAAACAAAAUCAACGGAGUUGUUGCGCAUUGAAUCGCUUAAGAUAAACAAGCAUUCUAUCGCCAAGGACGGACUGCCUAUUAAUACAAAUGUGCGCAAGAAUGAAUGUGAUAAUUGCUUUAACCAUUAUUUUGACUAUGUUAUUCAAAACGAACAUAUCUGUGACACGGCAGAAAAUCGCGGAAAAAUUGAUCUACUUAUAUGUGUUACUACUAUUCACAAGAAUGCCUUUAUACGGCAGACAUUACGGCGCACAUGGUUGUCAUACACGAAAAACAAUACUGCAAAUGUUAGGCACGUUUUUCUUUUAGGACAAACAGCAAACUAUAGAUUACAGGAAUUUGUGAUGAGGGAAAAUGAAAUAUAUCACGAUAUUGUUCAGGAGACGUUUAUCGACAGUUACCAUAAUCUUACUUACAAAACAAUAAUGGGCUUUAAAUGGGCCUCUACAAAAUGCCCCAAUGCAAAGUUUGUUAUGAAAACAGAUGAUGACGUGUGGGUUAAUGUACCCUCUUUAAUGAAGUUGUUGUCGGGAUCAGACAUGACAAAGUAUUUACAAACAGGACUGACCGGCUCAUGUAGUCAAAAUGAACCACCCAUAAGGGAUAAAACUUCUAAAUGGUACGCGUCUUUAAUUUCUUAUCCCGACAAGUUUUACCCAGACUUUUGUUCAGGCACUGGAUACGUGACCAGCAUAAAUGUCGUGUCGGAUAUUUACCAUGUUUCUCCACACGUGCCUUUCUUCCAUCUGGAAGACGUCUAUGUUGGUUUGUGCGCGAGGAAACUCGGAUUUUCUUUAAAGAGCAAUGAAGGUUUCCGCGCCGAGAGGCACAAAACUUAUCACUGUGAUUACAAAAUGGAUCACGUGUUAACAGUUCAUCAAGUGACGCCUUCGGUUUUGACUGUGAUAUGGACCAAGCCUUGCAGUAAAGUUGCAGUACAGCGGUAAUUGUUCCAAUAUCAGAUAAACAAUAUUAAUACUUUUACCUUGUUGUCGAGACUUGUUCGCUUAUAUCUAUGUGUUUUGAUGCGAGUGAUGAUUUAUAACUUAAAGCUAGGCAAUAUCUAUUCUGACUGUUUCAGUUUACCUGAGCAGGAAUCGUUUCACAUAAAUUAAUAUAGGUUGUGAUUGAUUGAGAUACAUUUCGUUACAUUUCUAGUGCCUUGCAAAGUAGGUCAAAAGAGCUCUGUUAUUGAUUCAUUUGAGUUGCCUUUACGAUUGCUUACCCGACUUAUCCGCUAAUACGUGUGUAUUUUGUGUCUAUGAUAAUUUAUAAUUUUUAAAGGUCCAUACACUUCGCGCUUUACGUCAAUUUUGACACUCAAUAUGUGUUAUGUUAUUACAGUUCUUUUUAUACAAGUUUUAGUAAAAACGUGUGUUAUUUCUGAGUUUUUUUUGCAUGACAAUCGUUAUUCGACAUGGUUCACUGCGUUGCUUUCGGGUGCAAAGAACGUGCGGAAAAGGGAAACAAGGUACUUUUCAGUUUUGCCAAGGAUGAUGUUACUCGUAAGAAAUUGAUGAAUAAUAUGUUAUACGCAUGUAUGUAUUAAUGGCUUAGUAACAAACAAUAAAUUACAAUUACCCUUU